AUGACAGCAGCAGCAACAACAACCGCACCGCAGCCGAUCCCGGCGCCGGUGCCCGACCCGUCGCCGCCCGAGCCCUCGAUUCACGACUUCCCGCUGCCGUCGGCGCUGCUGCACCCGUCGUCGGAGCCGCCGACGCUGAUCACACAGGGCGCCGAGGGGCGGGUGUACCGGACGACGUGGGUGGACGCCGGGCGGGAGUGCGCGCUCAAGCACCGGCCGGCCAAGCCGUACCGGCACCCCGUGCUGGAUGCCCGGCUGACGCGCCACCGCAUCCUGUCCGAGGCCCGCAUCCUGCAGAGAUGCCGCCGCGAGGGCGUCGCCGUGCCCGCCCUCUACGGCGUCGACGAGGCCGCCGGCUUGCUGGCCCUCGAGUGGAUCCCCGGCGCCCCUGUGCGUGUGUGCGUCAACGGCUGGAUCGCGCGCCGGAAGGAGAGGCGGCGGCGCCUGGCGGACGGUGCCGUCGGGGACGAGAGCAAGGCGCAAGAGGGGCAGGAUAACAGCGAGCCCGCGGUGGUCGCAGAGGUCACGGCUGACGAGGAGGGCGCCGACGUGCUGAUGGACCUCCUGAGACGGAUGGGCGAGGCGGUCGGCCGGCUGCACAAGUCUGGGGUUGUGCACGGGGACCUGACGACGAGUAACCUGAUGCUGCGGCCCUGGGAGAAGGGGAAGGCGCCGAGCAACGGACAUGCAGAGACCGAGCAGGCGGCCGAGGAAUCGCUGGACGGCGAAAUCGUCAUCAUAGACUUUGGCUUGGCCAGUCAAGGGACGGCAGACGAGGACCGGGCCGUGGACUUGUACGUGCUCGAGCGGGCAUUCGGCAGCACGCACCCCAAGGCCGAGGGCCUGUUUCCGGUCGUGUUAGAUGGCUACCGGGGCACCUUCAAGGGGGCGCCGGUGGUGCUCAAGAAAUUAGAAGAUGUGCGGAUGCGAGGGCGGAAGAGGAGUAUGCUCGGCUAG